AUGAAUAUUGCCUGGUGUGAGGAGCGCCGCAGCCGAGGCGGCCCGUUCGCGGAAGAUGCCGUCAGGUGGCGCGCCAUCACGGCUCAUCCAGACGCUAUUGAUAACAGUGAUGAGGAUGUUACAGCUGCCAUCCCUCUAGCAGCACAAGAAAGCAUCCCACCAGCCCUAGAACAUGCAAGCAGAAGUGAUCUGCACUCAGCUCCAGAAGGAAGCAACCCUGCAAAGGAAUUUUCAUUGUUGCUGCUAAAGUGCAAAGAGGCAAGAAGGCUUCCAGAGUCCACCCUUAACGAGAUCACCAACGACAUCCUCACAUUUUUUACUGAUUGGGGGCCGCAGCUUUAUUCAGUGCAUGGUGAUAAUGUAGAGUCGUUUAUAAACAGUGAAAUAAUGCAGUUAAGGACGCAAAGUGGUCGUGAACGGUUUUGUACAAGCGUGUUUCCAUAUGUUGAGCCUGUGACUGUGGUAUUGAGUGCAGAAGGCAAUGCACAGGCAAGCUUCCAGUAUGUUCCAAUCGUGGAGAUGCUGAAACGCUACCUUGAAUGGUUAGGCAGUUCACUCAUGCCUGGCCUGGACGGAUCUGAUGAGAGUUUAAGUUCAGUGUUCGACGGAUCGGCCUUUGUAAAUCACGAAUAUUUUUCUGGGGAUCGUGAGAAGUUGGUAAUCCAGCUCUACACGGACGAAUUUGAAGUGUGUAAUCCCAUUGGUGCGCAAAGGCUGAAGCACAAAAUGAUGGCUGUUUAUUACACUUUGUUAAAUGCACCACCUCACUUCAGAACACAACUUCCUCACAUACAUUUAGCAGUGCUAUGCAAAGAGAAGCACAUUGCAAAAUACGGGCUAGACAAAGUGCUAGAACGGUUGCAUCAAGAUAUUGCUCAGUUAGAAACAGAAGGGAUCACAGUCAAUUCAAAACAUAUCACGGGUACUGUCCUAUGCCUCUCAGGUGACAACCUAUCCAGUCACAGAAUUGGUGGCUUCAAGCACUCCACAGAUUCCACUUGGACAUGCUUCGAAGUGGUACUGCAACGUUGCGCCUUUAUGGCGUUAAAGCUCCAAGUGCGCCACACACGAAAGGAUUUCAGCCGACUGAGCAUCUGCCACCUGAUGUGA